GGCCCUGUCCUUCUUGGAGAUGUCACAGGCGUAGAGCUAGAGAACACAGUCGCUCAUUCACAUGGCCUCCUCUGCAUUCCCCUGGUGCUGCCCAGCACAGGCCAGUGUUGCCUAAACGCAACACCGGCUGGUCGGAAUGGCUACCUUUCCAAGGUUAUCCUUAAUGCACUGGAUACUCCUCCUCAUCAUCUCAGUUGAUAGCUCCACCAUGACGACAUUCCACGUGACGGAGGGCAGCACUGUUAUUUUGUCCUGUCAUUACUCGGUGAAGCACCACGGUUUGAGCCACGUAUGCUGGGGACGAGACUGUGGAACCUUCUGGUGCAACGACAUCAUCGUACAAACAGAUGAGAACGGAGUUAUUUCUAAGAUCUCAGACAGGUACCGGCUUAUUGGAGAUGUCCUAUCGGGACAAAUGGACCUGGGCAUCCAAAGGAUACAGACGACAGACAGCGGACCGUACUGCUGCAGAGUGGACAUAGAAGGUUAUUUCAAUGACAAGAAGGUCUCCUACACUUUGAGGGUCAUGAAAGCCACAACAACUGUUCUUCCAACAACUACAACAGAACCACAGGGGACACAGACAUCAUCACCACUGUCAGAUCACACUAUAGUAGCAGACUCAUCGCUUUCUGACAUUUCCUGGCAGAAUGUCACGCAUGUGCAUUCUGGGGUAAUGAUGGAGGAGCCUGUCUCCAGGAUUACACUCCAGAUCAACAUUACUGUUCUGUCUCUGUCCCUCAGUCUGCUGCUUCUCCUUAUAGGGGCUCUGGCACUUUUGACAUUCAAACGUGGAUUUUAUGGGAAAGCAUUAGACAGUAUGGAUGGAUGUUUUUCAAAGGAGCCCCGACACAUUAUUUAUGAAAUACGUACAAGGCGACCAGUGGAGGAGAACAUCUACACUCUGGAAUAGAAGCUAAAACCAAGAGGUUUCUCCCACUUACCAUAAAAAUUUAUUGACGCCGACAUUCAGUUUUGCUCUGGCUUAAAGACAGAUAAAACUCAUCAUUUACAACAUUAUUUACACACCUUCAUUGUCACUCCGAAUGUGAUUAGGCCUGUCAAGUUCUAAUGGAAAAAGUAAUCUAUAGACCACUUCGGAAGACGUAUACAACACUGGUCCAGAGGAACUCGCCGUUUCAGUUUUUAACACUACACAAAUUUUUGAACUAAAUACAACCAACAGAACAUUCAGAACCGAAUCAAAAUGUUAAACAAAUAUCUCUAAGAUGUAUAUAUUAUAUAAUAUUAAAUAAAAAACAAACUGAGACAGGAAGUGCUUCUGGGCCAGCGUUUGCAUCUUGUGAAGUGGUCUGUGUGACUACUUUUGGGGUUUGUGUCAGGAGGAACUUAAAUUUGAUUGAUUUAUUACUUAAAAUCAUACGAGUUUUAAGGGGCAUGAGGGUGAGUAGGUUAUGACAGACAUUUAUUUCUGGACAUUACCGUUUUUGGAAAAUGUUAUGUCUAUUUUUUGUUGCAUAACAAAGGUUUAAUACACAAAAAGUAUGUUUACUAUUGAUUAAGUGUAUUUGUUUGUUUGUGUGCAUGUACAGGAGAGAGCAAUAUUCUGUCAAAAUAAUAAAUUUGUAUUGCUC